AUCUGACGAUGUCCCUCACCGGUAGCAGAAUGAGAAUGGAGGGAAGAGCAAGGCGGUGAUUCUCAUCUGUUUUUCUCGUUUGGUUUUUCCCCUCCUCAGAUUCGUUCGAGGCCGUCACAGGUCAGCUGACAGAUCUGGCACGUGAUCUGGCGACCAAAGCGCUCGAGGGCGACAGGCCGGCCAUCGCCAUGUGAGCAGGCACACGAGGAAGGCAGAAAUCACCCAACUCACCCUCUCCCUCGUCCCUGUCGCAGUCUCGGUUCGGCCGCUCUCGGUGGCAUCGCUGUCGUUGGCGUUGGCCUGUCGAGGUGCUUGUGUCCGAAGCGCAAAGCCAAAACCCAGCCACCGGUGUCCGCAUCCAAGGCCAAGAAGAGCGCUAAGAAAACUGCCAAGAAGGCACCAGCGGCAACGGCCGACGAGGUAACAACGCCACCCUCCCCUCCGCAAGCCGAGACGAAGACCACCUCAGCAGCGGACGAGCCUGCUGCUGGAGGCAAGAAGAAGGGCAAGAAGAGCAAAACUGCCUCCGCCAACGUGCCCGCGGAGGAGACGGCCAAGGCGGCCGUGACCCCGGUGGACGAUGACGCCGCCUUGGCGGGUCAGGACGAUGACGACGAGGGCUGGCAUUACGUGUCGACCAAGAAGAGGAGGGGAAAGCAGGCAGCUACCUGACGUGAUGUGCUGCAGUUGAGUGAGAGAGAGAGUUGGCGAUUGGUGGCACGACCCAUAUUGGAGGGGAACAGGGUUGGAGGGGAGCCGAGCUUCCCAAAUUGAAGCUGUCGUAAUUAGCUGGGUGACAUUGAGGUGGGUGUGCAUGAUAGAUG